AUGCCGAGCCCCUCCUCAAUCCCUCGUUCCUCAUCAGCAUCCGCUUCCGCUCCCAACCUCUCCAAUAUCGGCCGGCGGCUCCCCCACGGCCUCCAAAGGCCGUCGGGACUAGCGCCUCCGGUCGCAAAACCCGCCAACAAAAACCGUCCCAACCGUUUGGUUCGGACAUUGUUGACCAAAAAAAUCCUCAGGAAAAGAACAAACAACGGUACUAAUCUCCUGGAUACUAAUCUCCUGGAUUUUAGCACUAAGGCCGGCGUCAUCGCCACAGCUAAUUCUAGAACGAAUACUCUAGAUAUAAUUUCUCUUCAUGAGCAAAAAUUCCAAAAUGGAAUUUUGUGCAACAAGGAUUGCAGCCCUUAUUACCGAGGGCUCUUGUCAAGGCCAGCUCUUUCGCCCUACUCGCCGGAGCGCACCGAGAGCCAUAUUGCACCCAGUAAUACUACUACUGCCUUCACUAAGGCCUCGUUCGCUUCGAGUAUCAUGGUCAAGAUUCAAGGAUUUACCGGCGCUUGCCUUGCCUUCAGAAGCAAGAAAGAAGAUCACAAUCAUGAUCACAAGGCAACACCGUCCGCCGGAUUGACAAAUAGUACUACUGCAAAUCGCGUUACUAGUACUGGCGCUUCUUCUUCUUCUUCUUAUUACUCCGCCUUCCCGUCGCCAUCUCCGGCGCCGCCUUUGCUCGCAUCAGACAUGAUCAUUACGGAGGAAGCUUUGGCGAAGGAGAAGAAAAGUGUUGCGGGAAUCACGGAUGAGCGCGGUACUAAUAGCGAAAAGAAGCCAUUGAGGGAGAGUAGAGUAUCGGCAGGACUAGCUCAUGAUGAAGCAAUGUCUUUGCCUGAUCAACAGAUAAUAUCGCCGUUGGAAAAAUUUGGUCAUGCUGAUCAGAAGGAUAUUCUUAUUGAUGAUCGAGAUAGAAAGCUUAUGGAUGGAGAGAGAGAGUUUUUGUGGGCAGAUAAGUACAGGCCCAAGGCUUUGGAGGAUUUCAUCUGUAAUAGAAGCAAAGCCAUUCAGUUGCAGGCUCUGGAGAGAAAAGGACAUUGUGGACAUUUCAUAUUCGAAGGAGCACCAGGAGUAGGAAAGAGAACAAUGAUCUGGGCUAUGAUCCGAGAGGCUUUUGGUCCUGAUUCUGUGAAGGGUGAAGUAGAAGGAUUAGGCGUUACAGUACUCGUGAAGGAAUCUCCUCGACUUGUAGAAGUGAAUCUCUCUGACCUUAAAGGUCAUGAGAAGCAUGUAAUCUUUGAACUCAUCAAGGAAACAUCUGAUCUGAAGGCUUCCAACAGAUCAGCUUUGCCAUGCAACCCAUCUGAAAACUGUCGAGCAAUAAUCUUUUAUGGAGUAGACAAGCUAUCAACAGACGCUAUCCUAUAUGUGAAGUGGCUAUUGGAAAGAUAUACAGUGUGUAGUAAGAUCUUCUUCUGCUGCACCGAUCUCUCAAAGCUUCAAGCAAUCAAAGAUAUUUGCACUGUUGUUCAGCUUUUACCCCCUUCAAGGACGGAGAUUAUUGAAGUGUUGAACUUCAUAGCCGAAAAAGAAGGCAUAGAAUUACCUCAUCAAUUGGCAGAAAAGAUCACCGACACUUCUAAAAACAAUCUUCGUCAAGCUAUUCGUUCACUUGAGGCUACCUGGCUAAAACAUUAUCCCUUUACAGAAGAUCAAGAAGUUCUAACUGGUUGGGAAGAUGAUAUUGCAAAUAUUGCUAAGAACAUGGUUCAUGAGCAAAGCCCAAAGCUACUAUAUAUCAUCCGUGGAAAGCUUAAAAGCCUAAAAGAGCACGAUGUGCCUUCUGAGUUUAUUUUCCAGUCAUUGGUAGAAGAACUGAAGAAGCAUUUGCACGACCUGUUAAAGCGCCGAGUUCAUAAUCUGUACGUGGAAUACAGUAUGAAAGAUGAUCAAAUCUUGUUCGAAAGUACUGACAAAGCAAUAGCACAACAAAGAAAGAAUGAUGUUCAGCAGCAGUUCAUGAGGAUUGAAGAGUUUAUAGCCAAAUUCAUGAGCUGUUAUAAGGCUGAAAGUGCCAAGCUUGAGCAACAGACCGGCAGUAGCGAUCACAAUAAUGAAGCAUAA